AUGGCUGCACAACAACAAGAACUAGAUGAGAAGAACCCAUUCUAUGAGUUAGUUGUUAUUUGUAGUACUUCUGGUCAAUUUGACCAAACCGUCAAUUCGUUCAAAGAUAUUAUAAAAAAGUCUAAGUUAGUAUGUAUAAAAGACUCUGAGUUGUUAGAUUGGAUAAAGAAGUACCAAAGAAGAGUUUUGAAGUACAAUGCUAUAAAUGAGUAUGUCAAUUCGAAGUUUAAAGACCCAAAUGAGGAAAUGCAGAGAAUAUUAGAGAAGAAACACUUCAGAAACAAACAGAAAGAGAUAGAAUACAUUUCGAAGAAAUUGCAAUCUUACGAUUGGAAGACUUACCCUCACAGAUGUCUUCUUAUCUUAGAUGACUUUGCAUCUCAUCCUUUGUUAAAGAAUAGAGAACAAGACAUGUGUCGAAUUCUUAAGAAGCUCAGACACUUUAACAUUUCAGUUGUCAUUUGUGUACAGACAGCAAAGAGUUUAAGUAAGGAUGUAAAGAGAAUACUUACUGACAUUGUACUUUUCCCCGGAUUGUCCGAAGACGAUUUCAUGGAACUUAUGAAAGAGUCCAUGGCAGGUAAGUUUGACAGACAUGAACUUUGGGAGAAGUACAAAGUCAUACAAGACCCUCAUACUUCUUUCAGAAUUCAUAUCUACGCAAACAAAGUUCAAAUUGUAAAAAGUCAAGCUUGA